AUGUGGACUAUACUCUUAUUCAAUUUCGUGGCUCAUACAAGUCUUCGUGUUGACGGACUAGGAGAUACAGGUUUCAACUAUGGGGAUGGUGGAAAUUCAGCCGGGAAUGACGAACCAUGCUUUAUGAUGCCGUCUCAAUUCUAUGUCGAGAUCACACUAUUCGGAAAAAAGUGUUCGACGAACACAGUAGCCAAAUCUUCAACAACACUUGCAGCGGCGAAUACACAAACAGGGCCACAGCCUCCAGCAACUAGUGGAGCUUUUCAAAAGUCCACUACUUCGGAGAAAAGCGAAAGCACCACUACAGGGGACAAUACGCCACCUUCUUCACCUCGUGUUGUACACUCAACCAAGAAUUCGUCGGAGUUGAAGGAAUCUGCACAGUCCCUAACAAGUAUAGACAGAAACAGAGUAGGAACGACUACGAGUCCCGAAACUGCAUACAACUGGUCUUCGUCAGAAUAUAAAACGGAUUUUCCCACCGAGACCACCGCUUCGGAAAAAGGCGAAAGCGCAAUCACAAACCUCACGUUUAAACCAUCGAAAUACCGGCUGAACUCAACAGAAGCUGAGCAAGUUAGGACAGGCACUUAUGCGGCACGGCCAAUGGCUAGCUCCGCAGCUGCCCCGCAGUCAUCUUUGAACUACGGAACUGGUAUCACUGAAAAGUCCUCACCGAGGACUGAGGCAGCUAAAAGCACGAUUACAAGUACUGGUACAACACUGCGAAGUACAAGCUCAGCAGCAACACCUCACUCUUCCUCCAUCUAUAACUCUAGUUUAACUAGCAGGGCAACAUCAAUGGGAGCGGACGAAAGCACCACUACAAUCAGUGCAAUUAGGAUUAUGGGACCUGGGAUAUGUCCAGGUACGGAUAGAGCAAUGGUGAUUACUGCUGAAACAACGCCGCAAACAACGUCUGUCUAUAAAGGUACUAAUGCAACACUGCCUAUCUCAGGCCUGGGAACAAGGCAUCAGCCCUUAACGAUUCAGGAAACUAGUACCAGCAAGCACACAUCGCUGGAAGCAGCGCGGAGCUUUAGAGGUAUCGGUGCAACACUGCCGACAAGAAGCUCUGAAUCAGCGCACCAGGCUCCGAUUAAUUCUAAGUUUACCAAGACCAGUAAGCAUACUUCACUGGAAGCAGCAGAAACCACCACUAGAAGUACAGCUGCAGGCGAACAUCGCAAAGAUACUGUGACUUCGUCACUUCCAUCACUUAACAGUGGCAAAUCGUCUAAGAAAUCAGAAUUGACGAACGCUGAGCAACCCACGACAAGAGCUGAUGAAACAGUGACAACUACAAGCGCCGAAUCGAUGGAGCACCUAUAUCCUGUCCAUGGAUCCAGCCCGGUCAGGAGGUCUACGACGGCAGAACCGGCUGGAAACACCAACACAAGAAUACAUCAUGCAAACAGCGUUACUAUGUCGGUCUCUUCAGCCUAUACUAUUCACUCCACCGAAAGAGCUGUAGAAGUGGCAGAAGCUAAACAAGCUACAGCAAGUUCUGAUACAUCACUGCUUAAUACAAGCUUUGAAAGAACCCCUGAGUCGUCAACGAUUCAGAAAACGAGUGCCAUCAUCAAGCUCAGAUCCUCAAAAGAAUCAACAAAAACCGUAGGUAGAGCAACGGUGGUUACAAGGUCUGUGACAACAGCGUCACCGACCUCUGUAUACAUGGCUAGUAUCACCAACGAAUCCGCAACAGUGAAACCAACUGAAUCUGUUCGCACAAGCAAAAACCAUACUCCCUCUGUCGCUUCAUCAGUUCCUUCGUCUCUCAGUACGCACUCAACCGAGGACACAUCAGGGCCAAUUGAAGCCGAACAGCCUGCAACAGGUACCAGUACUGUGAUGGAGAAAACCGGAACAAUGCCGCAAUCUACCUUGGUCGCUAGCAUUCUCACUGAGACCACUACAUUGGAACCAGGUGUUGAUACAACGCUGCGGGCUACAAAUUACGGAACAGCCCCGCAAUCGCUCCCGGUCUACACUACUGCUACUACCAAUAAGUCUACGAAAUUACCUGGACGCACCACCAGAAGAGCUACUACGAUGAAUAGAAGCUACGGAAGAAGCUUGCAGUCGCCAUUCGUCCGCAGAACUGAUAUCACAAAGAAGUCCACAGCAUUGGAAUCAGCCAAUAACUCCAGUACAAAUAACAGUAUGAGUUUCACUGAGAAUUCAUCAGAAAUGGCAGGAACUGAGCAAUCUACAGCAAACGGUGCUGCAGCGGACGCAACCUUUGAAACUACAAGUUUGCGACCAGGCAAAGAAACUCGACGAAAGCAUAUUGCAGGAGAACACCGGAUAACCGCCACUGCUUCACUUCCUUCACAACUUCAUGCCAGCUCCACGGAGAACCAAUUACGACUGGCAAGAUCUCAACAUUCAACAACAACCGCCGAAACUGCAACCACGAUAACUGUAAGCUCCAAGCCUGUCUCACAACUGCCGUUUACGCAUGACGCUGCUAUCACCAACAGAUCCACUGCUUCGGAAUCCUCUAGAAGACCUCGUGCAAGUACAGAUGCAGACAGUUAUUAUGCGGACACCGCUGGUACGCUACAAUUUGUGACUCCUGUCACCAACGCCGCUAAUAUCACAACAGAUACCAGGGACACUGAAGAAGCCGCAACAACUACCAAUGUAACAACGGUGAUAACAAGAUCUAAAGCAAUGCCGCAAUCGCCCCGGAUCCGCAGCGCUAGAAUAGGCAGAAAGCCUACAACGUUAGCUAGAAACACGUCUACAGGAACAGAUGCGGAAAAACACCGCACUGUUCCCACAUUCGUGCCAUCUUUUUCAUCUUUCGGUGUCAGCUCCACAUUGAGUACAUUAGAUGCGAUAGAAGGUGAACAGAACACAACGAUUUAUGGAGGUACCGAUGCUGGAACACUAAUUUCAAGUACGGAAGGUGUUUCACGCUUGCGCAGCUACGGUGAUGUAUAUGAGAAACAGCCUGCGAAAUCCACUGAAGGAAAGGGCGCUGUUACAAGUGGAAUGAAAGCACCGGAGAAAACCGAGGAGACCACUACAAAUGUUAACACUGUUGAAGAAAUAAAGACUCCUUGGACCACAAGAGAACUGAAAUCAUGUGAACAAUGCGAUGCCUAUGGAACAGAGCUAUGUGAAAAGAAGGCGAAUGGAAUUGUGUGUCAUUGCUACGAGCACUGGUCUGCUUCCUGCGCGUGCGACUAUGGUUUCACUGGAGAGCAUUGCACUGUUACUAAGGCCAAAACAACUAUUAUUUCGCCACAUAAGAGCUCUGGUCACUUAGCCUCUGAAGCAAGUGUGUUGGUACUGACUUGGUAUGAUAUCGUUAUUAUGGUCAUUAAGGCUAUUCUUCUUAUUCAUUCACCAUCAGAUGGACAGGAUCCACAAACCCAUUAUCAAAACUGCCGUUCGUUUGUGACGACCAUAGCAGGAUUUCUCGCCCUCUUUUUCCGUCAUCCUACUUUGUUUUCUCUCUCAGAUAUAGAAUGCCAAUGGGUCUUCUACAUCAUAACAUCUUGCUGUUCUUUAGGUGUGUUCACAGCUUAA